GUUCGGUUCAGCUCCAGAAAACAACAUGGCUGUUGUGUUGUUUAGAACAAGCACACUGCAGCCAACUCUUAGACACCAGCAUAUAUCCCAGCAAGCCACACUUUAUUGUGACACAUCAGUUGGGAACAAAGUUGCAAAAUCCGGUUCCGCAUCCGAUUGCACUCCGUGAUGGUGUAUUCUUGGCUUCCCAAGAUCAUUGGCUGAUGACUGUGACCAGGGGAACUGCAAGGAAAGGAUCACAGCGUCUAGAGACUAUCAUUGAGCCUAUUGUGGAACGACUGUCGAAUUGAGUAGACUGCAGGAUGCAAACAGAUUCGAGUGGCGCAUGCAAGAGGCACAUUGUUCUUCGUUAUCUUAAGGUCGGGUUUGACAUGAGAUCAUGAUACUAGAGCAAGUUAAGCUUUACCAGAGACUUACAUCCUUCUUUGCACGUCCAGCAAACCUUAGGCUUUGCACUACUGAUUAUAAGCAUCGCAAUGGCAGUGCUCAAGAAUUUGGAAGCCAACCAUGGGCUCCAUUUAUCCGAACACUCCAGAAACAAUACUGAAAAUGGAGAAAGUGCCAGUGUUUCGACUGCUGGGAACGCAAAGGCCGGUGUGUUUUCGAGGUGGUAUAGGAGAGUGCUUGACGCUGGUGUCGAGGAGAAUGGGGUUCGGCCAGUGCCCAUAGAGCAAAGAACCCAAACGCAGCACAGCAACCUUUUCACUGUGUUCUUCACAUGUCUGUUGUGUAUUCUACCGUUGCCAACUGGUGCUCUCGGCACGGCUGUAUACGGAUUAGGAUUGCGAGAUGUGUCGUUGAUAAUCAUCUUUUUCAACAUUGUAACAUGCAUCCCCCCCGCUGUUAUCAGUAUCGGGGGAUGCAAGACUGGGAUGAGACAAAUGAUACAGGCUCGAUAUUCCUUCGGGCUCUAUCUUGGAAUCAUUCCCAUCCUCCUCAACGCUGGAACGGUAACAGGGUUUACGCUCGUGGGAUCGAUCGUGAGCGGACAGGCCAUCGCAGCUGUGAAUGAGAAGGCCAACAUAAGUGUCAACGUAGGCAUCGGCAUCGUUUGCACUCUCAGCUUUUGUCUCGCGUUCCUAGGAUAUCGAGCGGUCCACGUCUGGCAGCGGUGGCAGUGGUUACCGAACUUGCUUGCCAUUGUCAUUGCCGUCGGCUGUGGUGGGAAGCAUCUGAUGAACCAGGCUGACCAUGACCCGGCAUCUGUGAAAAGUGUCGUAGGAUAUGGAAGUCUAAUGGCAGGAUAUUUCAUGACAUUUGGCGGGACUGUCUCCGAUUUCACCGUCUAUCACGACCCCGAAUCAUCCAAGCUCAAGAUCUUUACGUACGUGUAUCUUGGCUUGAUCACCCCAUCGACGCCCCUGCUCAUUCUUGGAGCUGCCAUCGGUGGUGCUCUCCCCAAUGUCGAAUCAUGGCAAACGGCUUGGGAUAAUUACGGAAUCGGCGGCGUCAUGGCUGAAAUGCUCGCACCAGCAGGGGGUUUUGGCAAGUUCGUUCUUGUCGUUCUCGCCUUGAGUGUUGUUGGUAACAUGGUGCUGUCCAAUUAUUCAGUCGCCUUGUGUUUGCAGAUGCUUGUUCCUGCCUUUGCCAAGGUGCCACGCUUCUUGUUCAUCGUCGCAACGCUGGCUAUCAUGAUCCCAAUGUCGAUCUAUGCGGCUGCUAAAUGGGAGGAGUCCCUUGUUAACUUUCUGUCUGUGAUUGGCUAUUGGGCGGGAUGCUUUGAUGCCGUUGUCAUCGAAGAACUCAUAGUCUUUCGAAACAUGGACUACCGUUCUUAUGACCCCGCGAUAUGGAAUCAAGUACGACGGCUUCCAACUGGACUCGCGGCCAUCGGAGCAUCUUUGGUCAGUAUUGGGUUGGUGGUCCCGUCAAUGGACACGCCGUGGUUCACUGGGCCCAUUGGGGAGCGAAUUGGUGACCUGGGCUUUGAAUCAGCUUUCGUGGUCACUGGGGUUGUCUACUACCCGCUUCGGACCUUGGAAGUCAGGUUGAUGGGUCAUGUUUGAGGCAUAUGCACUUAUAAUCCUGCAUGCUUGACAAUUUUGAAGAAAGAGGAACAGAAAUUUCUCCAAGACAUUGCCGCCGUGAUAUCCAUACCAUACUCGGUGGCAUUUUAGUCCAAUGCGCCAGUGAAUGACAGCAGAAAUUAUGAUAGUACAGGAUUACAGGGAGAGAUGGGAGUUUGGGUUGAAGGACAAGGUAAGCAAGGAGGGUUUCCAAGAAACAUGUUGAGAAGAGCAGAGGGAUAACUGAAACUCAAUCAGAGGCUUGUAUAUAAAUAUAGCCUAGCUUUAAGCACUAAGCGUGCAGCCUGCCACACAAGACAACGUCUUCACCAAAAGGAUGCCAUGAGACAUUCGAUAGCCGCGCAGCAGGAAUUGGGACACCUGCUGGAUCCUGAAGGCGAUCUGGCGACACGACAACGCCUCCUUGACCAAGCCAAGUAGGUGCAAUAGUAAUAAUAAUGGAGUCAACUAGUUCGUGAUAUUGAGGAUCAAGCAAGGAGUUGAUAAUUUGGCCGCCUCCCUCGACCAUGACGCUGGAGAGGCCUGCAUGAUGCAAGGCUCUGAAUACAUCAUGCCAGUCAAAGCGCAUGCGUUCGUUGGGCCCUAGUGUAGUCGGAACAUGGAUAUACUUUCCGCCAUGCUGAUCGAGUAGUGCAACGUUCUCAGCAGGCAAGUUCUGGCUAGACACACCAGUCAGGACAAAGGGAGCUAAACCAUUACCGAGGCGAGAAACCUCUAGAACUUUGUCGGAGCUGCUAGGAGCCCAUCGGAGAUGAGGAUCAAUGACAAUGGGCCGAGGCUGGCUUGUAGCACCAGUGAUACGACAAUUCAGGGCAGGCGAAUCGGCCAAGAGAGUAGAAACGCCGAUGAGAAUAGCAUCAUGUCGUGAACGAAGGUAGUGAGUCAUUGCUUUGGAGUCGGGCCCGGAGAGUCGAGUGCGGACGCCAGGUGCCAGAGAAAGCGAUGAAUCAAGCGAAGUUGCAAAUGUGAGUGUCACAAACGGCCGUGACGUUCCAGACGCUGUUGUUGAAGGCGGAAGUCUGGACUCUAGCAUAGCUGCUGAGGAUGCGGGGAAGGUGAGCUCCGACAUUUUGAGUUCUUUCCCGUAAUGAUAAGGUAGGAUCUGAUCAAGCAGGAUACGAAGAUGAAGAGAUACCUAAUACCUAAGCCAGAAGGUAAGGUAUAGGUAGAGAGCUUUGAUGCCAGGUACUUUUGCCCUAGUAGCGCCGUUCUGUAGGUUGUAGGAGCUUCCAAUAUGCCGCCGACAACUCCUACAGGAGACUGGGUGACGUGGCCAAGUAGAUGGAGAGGAUCUGAUUUAAUCGUUCUUUGAGCUCCAAUCUUCUCAAUUGAUUUGGCGUGGAGAGGAUACUUCGCGGUUGUCGCUGUCAGAUUAAAGGAUUAAUUCGAUAAUACUUUGGUUGAGAUGAAGUUGAAAUUGACUUUCCUGAUUGGAAGGAAGGAUACAGGCAGCGGCUGGCUGAAACCGCUGGCGGGAAUGUGACAGCAGCAGGCGCGGCCCACAUGCCAUUCAUGGCCCUUGGCAAUUGAAUCACCCAAUGAAUAUAGAGAUUAUUACGAUAAACUUGAAGUCCAGUAUGGAAUUCUUAAGCUUCAAUGGGAUAGCGAACGAUGUCUGCAAUGAAUUUUUAUUUUAUUUUAUUUUAUUUUUGAUUUUCUUUCUAAUGAAGCAAUUUCCCGAGUCCGUAAAGAAUGCUGAUCAUUUAUCCUGCCUUGUUGCCACGCGCGAGUGCCGCUUCAUCCAUGGUAUUCCAAAGUGAGGCAGUUCGUUUUCUGGCUAUUUGGAUCAUUGGCGACUGGUAGGUCGAUCUAUCUGCUAAAGAUGGUAACUCAAACAGAUCUGAGGAGGC